AUGCCACCCAAACGCAAAACUGGGCCUGAGAAUGGGCCAACCUUUAUCUACGAGACACCCGGUACAAGAAAACGCGCAAAGCGGCGGGUUUUCGAACCUCUAACCACGGAGCAGUUGCACCAAAGACAAGCGGAACUCCAGCUUGAACGCGAGCAGAAGUCAGCUAGCAACGCGCACGUACAUGCCGAGGAGAAGCAGAUUCAAGAGGACAAGGUGCAACAGAAUACUGCUGCGCGCAUUCAACGGAUUGUUGCCGGCAUGAAAGACGAGGGAAUACACACUCUCCAUGAGUUCCUUGUUUCUCUGUUCAGCACUCGAGAUCAGCACCUCGCACGGCACGUCUCCCACCUGCUCGGUACCCACGGGUUCAAGAUUCUCGAUGCCAUGCGGACCCGACGACCCGACAUAGUUGUGCCAUGGGCGAUCGACGAGGUCGUCGACAUUAUCCGCUCUGAAGGUCGCAAGCUUCGUGAUCUGUUGCAGCCCGACCACAAGAAACCGAUUGCCCAGCGCCUAAACGAAUUCUCGCUCAAUCAGAAACUUGAACAGGCCACAGAGCUCGCCCCGACUACAGUGCGACUCCUACGGGAGAUAGGAAACAGUGAACGGAAAGAGCCAUCCUCACCCGAGAAUCGGUCGCGUCGCAAUGUCGAUUUAGUGAGUAUUCACCUAAAGCAAGGUCCCGCAAGCUCCGUCUUAUGA